AUGCGACUUUUCUCCGCUAGAACGUCUGAAAUCAAUCGACGACCCCAUCUCCUACGAGGCUUUGUUGUAUACCUAAGGAAGUCUGAAAUCAUAAUUUGGGUUGAUGCUAUUUACAUUGAUGAAGGGAGCGAGAAGGAGCGCGGGCACCAGGCCCAGCCCGGUGACACAAGGCAGAAGACUCUUCAUAGGUUCUCUAAAGGCAUUGCAGAAGGAGAGCCUCAAAUGGAUUUCUUGUCAACAGUUCAGUUCAGCCGAAUAUAUGAACACUGGGAUCUAGUGACGCGCCAGUGUGCAGCAUUCAUGUCGCUACUCAAGGAUCCCUGGUUCAAAGCGGUGUGGAUAUUGCAAGAAGUCGCAAAGGCAAAGGCAGCUGUAGUCUGUACCGUACCAAAAAAGUCUCGGCGCGCAUAUUCUCCAUUGCUCCGUUCUUGCAAUGCCAGAUCCAUUGCCCAAAGAUUCCCGGUGGAGUGA